CCAUCUAAAAACAGAUGGGAAUUGUCUCCCAUUAUUUUCCCCUAAAACCCUAGCCUCCUUUCCAACACAAAAUAUUUCGUUCUUCUUCUGCCAUACAAAGCGACCUGGGAUCUCCUCCCUUCGACCUCCUCCAAGCGACCUCUUCCGACGACCCACCCUUCUCCGGCGACCCUACCUACGACAACAACCACCAUCCUGCCGUCACCAUCCUUCUUCUCUCUAAACUCUUUGCGUCAUCCAGGUUUUCCCUUCUUCCCCAGUUUUAAUUUUAAAAUUCUUGAAAUUUUUACGAAGCAACUUUGCCCAUGGAUCCAUGCUUGUAAGCGAAACCCUCUUCUUCUUUUUCCUUUUUUCCUUUUUAUUUUAGUUAAUUUCUUAUAUUAAUUUUUUAAUUAUAAAAUUCUGUUAAAAAGAUUGAAACACUGAAAAUGAUGAAUAUCGACGAUUUAAUAUCGUUGAAGACUCUGAAAAGGUCAGAAGGAUUUAAUAAUUGUAAUACAAAAAUGUCAGAUUUCACAAAACUCUAUUCUACCUGUCCCGUUUAAGUUUGAUUCAGAUCUACCUUUGCACCAUUAGAUUCUGCUCAUUUUUCUACAGUAAAUCGGUGGUGGUGAGAUGCUUUCCAUCUUUGCAUUUUUGAUAUUGAUCUUGAUAUUUAGUUUCCUCUAGAUCUGAACAUUUGAGUUUUCAAUUGAACCUAGCUUUGUGUGAAGUGUUAGAUUCAUUCAUUUGGUGAGCAUCGUUAUAAAGUAUUGAAUAAAAACGAGGGCUUCUAUUUCUAAUGGUUAUUCUAUUUCUCGAUUACUUUUUUUGUCGGAAAAGUGUUGAAUCCAUAGCGUAGAACUGUUGAAGGGGAAAUCAUGAAGUUUAAGUAAGUGUUGUUUGUUUGGUUCUCAAUUGGGUAAUGAAUAAUUAAUGUUGAUAAAUUUGUGGCUAUCUCUGUUUGGUUCUGCUUGUCUCAUUUGUAUUUGUGGGUGUGAUGAUAUUUCAAUACUAACCUUAGCUUUUGGCUUUAGUUGCAGUUUCAGGGAGGCUCUUACCAAACCCUUUAUACCGAAGAAGUUGUAGAGUGAGGUUCUGUGUUAUUGUUCUGUAAUCUAGGGGAUUCUUCUCUAUUUCUUUAUAUUACAAUUCCAGUUCUUAUCACUUUCCUUUGAAUUUUUGCAGGCCAAGGAUCAGGGAAAUUGUAGAAUGGCUAGUGGAAGUGAUGAAGAGAAGGAAGAUGACUGAAAUGUUGAGAUUGUGGGGAGAUGUAAUGUGUCCAGGUUCUGUCUAGACGUCGUGACAUUAACUUAAACAACUACUCCAUUCAUUUAUAGCUAUGUAUAUCCAAAUUGAAAAUUGUACCUCUUAGAAAUGAUUUUAUGAAUAGAUCUUUACAGUGGUUGUCACAGAUUUUCAUGAUUGUAUAUAAAUGUUUAGAUUUCUGUUUGUUUGUUUUGUUUUGGGAUUGCCUCAAUAAAUGGCUUGUGCAUUCAUUUAUUGGAGCCUUUGCAAGUGCGUGUUGUUGGAAGUGGCCCUGCCAGUACACUAUCGGGAAGAUGUUGAAGGCGCACCAACAAGCACAAGUUGAUAACAUUGAUAGGUUGCCUACACCUUUUGGUUUGGUUCACUCCGGUGUUGCACCUGAUCACUCUAAAACAAAGAAAGAGUGUUUUUAUACAAGACAAGCAAGGUAACUUUUCUCUUCGCGUUUGUGAAUCUGAAGUCAGGAUUUAAGUGCACGAAAGGACUUAAAUGGUUGGAUAUUUGUUGUUUUGUUAUUUUGUAGUAGUCCACUGUGUGUAAACUUUCUUAUAAUUUUGUACAUUUGUGUAUCCUAGAUUAAUACUUUUGUAAAACGGUUCAUUUUGAAAUAUAUAUAUA